UUUGCUGAGCGCGCGCGCAAUCGAUCGGCAAUAAGAUUUGCUGUUACUAGAGACAAGUAAGAUGCGUACAGGAAAAAAAGUUUAUAGAAAACCUUUCAUGAAGGAUAAUAACUAAUAAAUAAAAGUGAAAAUUUAUUGGACAAAGUUGUUGCGAAUGUAAAUAUCAUAUUGUCAUGUAUGACGCACUUGAAUAAUCUUGUGAGAAGAAACGUCAAAAUUUUUGUGUGUAAUGGUUUUACGAUCGUCUUCUGUUUAACAUCUGUGUUGGUGAUCAUUUGUUAUGUUUGUGGAUUAGGUUAGAGCUAGUGCAUUACAGCGUGCGUAGCUCAGAACUUCCGGAGAUACUUUUCUUGAGAGGUGUUAGUUCCAAGAGAGAUGUCCACGUAGUUUUAUUUUUUGUUAAAAUGGGUGAUAAAAAUGAGUUCCUGAAAAUAGCUUUCGUUGUGGACGACCUUCCAGAAAACUUUGAUCCUUCUGCAGAUCCAAGUGAUGGGCUGGAGUAUUUGCAGCAGGUUCGUUGGGAAGCUUCGAAAUGCGACGACGUUGUUACUGCGGUUAUUGAUAAGGCGAAACUGAAAAACAGAGCUGUUGUCAAUAUAUUGCCUGAGUGUAACAAGGUCCCUCGGCAAUUCUUGCCUGAUUUAGAAUGGCAACAACAACAAAUUGCAAAAUUUUCAGCCCUGAGGCAGAAGAUGUCAAAAUACAGGAAGAGAAAACCACCACAAGAAAGUGUCGUGAAAGUACCACAAAUAGGCGACGAGAAAGCCUGGUACGAUGUUUGUGUUGAAUACAAAACACCCCCGUUAGUGAGUGUCGUUUUGCCACUGCCUCAACGUUUAGUGGAGUGGCUGCUGCAGUAUAAUGCGGAAUGGCUGUCGAAUUCGGAACGGCUGACCCAGUAUCAAGGACGGUGGAUAUAUGCUUUAAUGGCAUGCUUGGAGUUUCCACUCACCCCAGAAAGUUGUAGCAGUCUUCGCACGUUAGCGCGGGAAUGUGCAAGAAUUCGUGCUUAUGAAGUAUCAAAUGCGGAAGAGCCCGUAGUAAUACCAUUAAAUCUGUUAAUCUGUUUAGUUUCCAACUAUUUCCGUCAAAUGGACCUUGCAGACAUACUCACGGUGGCUAGUGUUGCUGCCCCUGGAUCACAGGGUCCUGGGUUCGAUGCCCGGCCGGGUUGGGGAUUUUCUCUGCCCGGGGACAGGAUGUUUGUGUUGUCCUCAUCAUUUCAUCAUCAUUUGUGAUAGUGGCUAGAUUGGACUGGGUAAAAAAAAAAUUUGGAAUGUGUAAAGUGGGACUUUGUGUGGGUGCUGAUGACCGCGCCCCGCAAGCCAAUCAUUAUCAUUGUGUGCUCUGAGGUGUGAUAGUAUAAAACUAGUACUGACUUGGCCACUUGGUUAAUUAUAAGAUGAGUUAUGUCACUGUUAACCAGGAACUGACCAAAUUGCUGCUGACUUAGGAUGAAGCUCACGUUGGUGCUGUGCCAGUUGUAGUAGUAGUAGUAGUAGUAGUAGUAGUUUAUUCAUCCAGUGACAAUGUACAUUGUAUAGAUUUUGUCAAAGAACAUAGUAUAACAAAAAUAAGAUACAGGUGUACAGUUUCCUACAUAAUACAACGGUUCUUUGCACCCAUCACAAUAUUUUUAGGCAAUACAACUUUUGAUUAAUAUAAUAAUAUAAUAGUAUGAGAAGAACAUUUCACAUGAAAUACAUUACAAGUAAAAAAUUGAUUUAACACUUUUUUCAGAAAAAUUAACAUUGAGGCUCUGGCAAGCAUUUGACUUUUGGUACUAUUAACAUAUAGUAAAUGAUAGUAGUUACUUGCUACAAGGUUACUGCAGAUAUUCAUUUAUACUAUAAUAGCAGUUGGUCAUUAAGAACUUAAAUAUUGCUUCCUUGACAAUGUUUUUAUUUAUUUUAGACAAGUUGGAAGUUUGUUGUACAAAAUAGUACCUUGAAUGUUGGUUUGGUUUUUGUGUUAAAACCUUGUGUACUCUUUUGAUGUGGAUGUCAUUGCACAUUCUUGUAUUGUAGGAAUGAAGAUCUGAGUUGGUUUUAUAA